AGUCAAUUGGGGCCAUCGCUGCCAACGACAAACGUAGCCAAGAUGUUGACGAUCCAGCCUCAACUGCAAGGAAUAGUCUUCCCAAGAAUCUCACUGCAAUCGUAGCUGUAGCUUCUUUCUACUCGACUGCUGAUGGUGUUCACUGCCACAAAGUACUUGUCGCAACCCACUCAAACACUAUAAUCCUGUUAGGACUAGUGGAUCUUGACGCGCUUCUUC